AUGAGUGAGAACUCGCCCAACACUUCGGGGGCGAGUGAACUCGCGGAUCCCCAUGAAGAUCAGAGCCAGCCUGAAACUGACGAACCCUUCCAAGGCGAAAGCCCCCCCGCAGCGGCUGUGAAUAGUGGCGAACUGCCGAGCAGAGGGGGCAGUAGUUCCUCUAUCACAGAAGACCAUCAUGGCAAACCCUCACCUGUCGUUCCUCCUCUCGAAGGGUUAUCCGCCUUAGAUGCGGACAGACCAGGCCGAGCAGAAGCAGUUGAGCUUCGCGCGGUGGAAGAGCUAGAAAUGCCGCAACCUCGAUCGGAAGACCUGUUUGAAUGGGAAAAAGUACCUUGUGAGACUCCAUAUUACCUCCAAGGAGAUGCGUCAUUCGAAACGCCAGAAAAGCAAGCGGAACGUCAAGCGCUCAAGACGCACCAAGAAGUGGUGGCGGCUUUGGAGGAUACAUGGUCUUACUUUGCAAAGGAUAGCCAAAAUCGCGUCUCCAAGGAAGAGUACGCUCGGGUUUUGCUCCGUAUCUGCCUCGUGCUGGUACCUCAACUGAGAGGCCGCGAAGUAGUGGAUUUGAUAGAGGAAGAAUGGCGACAGGACUCUAAGGGCGAAGAAGGUCUUAGCCGUUCCGCAUUUUUUGAGUCUUUUUUUCAACUGGCGGACAUAUGGACCCCAGGCAUAGACGGUUCUGUCUACGCAGAGUUCCUCAAGCGGCUUUUCCGAAGAAUUACUGUUAAGAGGGCCCGCGCCAAAACUGGUGCAAGAAUGACAAAAAUUAAACCUUUUUCCGAAGAAUUACUGUUAAGAGGGCCCGCGCCAAAACUGGUGCAAGAAUGA